AUGAGGUUCAUUAAUUGUGUCGUUUCAUUUAUUUGUUUUAUAUUGUCCAUUAGAUUAUUCUACUGUUCAGAUGAUAGUAUUGGUAAGCCAUUGGUACAUUUCCUAGGUGGUUCUGCGAAUGUGGGUUUAUAUUUAGAUAGCGUGUGUCACUAUUCCUCGCCUGAUACAUGGAGUGAAUAUUUAGAUGACAAAAAUGGAUAUUAUCAAAAGGAUAUCAAACCGUACUUCAGUGCAUUAUAUCAUGAAACCGUUUAUCCAUUAUAUUUAGAAUCUAACAAGCAUUUGAAUGAAUAUUAUAAUAUAUAUUUAAGAAAACAUGUGGAGCUAGCACAACAAAAAAUUGUGGAUUUUAUCAACACUAACGAAACUACCCAAAAGACACUUGAAAAGGUUAAUGAACUAUAUCAGCAAGUAUCGUUACUGAAACAAAGAUUGCCACAUAUAAUUGCAGAGAAAAGUGCUCAAAUUUCUAAAUUAUUUGUAUCCUCAUUACAAAUCUUAAAAAAAUUACUUCUUUCAUUACAGCAUUAUCUAAUAACAAAAUACCGUUUGCAAUUAAAACAGAAUGAACCAAUUCAAAACUCACAAAAAUAUAAGGAAGUUACAAGCACCUCUGUUGCUUCCACAUCAGCUACUGGAACUGUCGCUGAAACAAAUUUAGUCACUGGCUCAUCUUCUGCUAAUAACAAUCAGGAAGUUAUUCCAUUAUCGGAAUGGGAAAUUGUAAAGGAAGAAUUUAAUGCAUGGUUUACCACAGUCGACAAGAAAUCGUCUAAAGUAUUCGAUAUUUUAGAUAAAGAUAUUGAUAAUUAUUUAAAAUCGAAAAUAGAAGAAUGGGAUCCGAAAUUACAAGAUUUAUUCAAAGAAUAUCAGACAGUUGCAAAGAAACAUUUCAACUUAAUAGUAGCAAAACUUGAUAAUAUCGAAUGCACUAAUUCUAUAGAUAAAGACACUGGUAAGAUAACUUACUUCGAUGCAAAGGGAGAAACACAAUUAUCAGAAUAUGUGACUAGACCAAUCAUUACCAAAUUAUUUAAUGACGCAGAAAAAGAGAUCAAUGCCUUGGGGAAACAAAUAAGUGAACAUUUAAUUAGCAAUGUUGAUAUGAUAGACGAAGAAAUCAAAUCAAUCCAUGACGAAAGUGUUGAAUUGUAUGAAGAAUGGGCUGAUAUAAUGAUCAGCGAAUGGUCCAAGAGAAUGGCCUACAUUGACAUCGUUGCUGCUCAUCAAGAUAACGAAGAAAAUAACGAGGACGAUGACAGCAAUGAGGAAACUUCUAAGAAAUAUUGGAGACAAUUCUUAAAAUUAAAGAAAAGAGUGAUCAAAACAAGAGAAGGGUUAAUCAACCAUAACAUAGAUUUGAUUUCGGUCAAUGACUAUUUAAGUAACAUUCAAAAUGAUUUUGAAACAAUUGCUAAGGAAACUACCGAUUACUUAACAGUAUUGAAGACUAAAUCCGAAUUAUUAUUCGAAAAGAGAGAUCUCAAGGAUAAAAAACUAGAACAAGCAAAAAUCCAAAGCCAGAAAGAUGAGAGCGAGCGUAUAAGAAAAGCACAAGAAUCAAAGAUAGAGAGUUUAAAGAAUGCAGAGAUCAAAUCAACAUCAACAGAAUCCACCACAAACAUCACAAGAAAACCAAUUAGUAAAGAAACAACAACUUCUAAACUAACGAAAAAAGACAUCAACAAAGAUUCAAAGGAAUCCACUGUCAAUACAAAUUGA